AUCGAUACAAGCGAUAAAAUACAGCUCAUUAUAUAUCUGUUCAUCGGCUGCCCCCUUGGUGGCUUUGAUACAAAAUACAGUACGAUGACCGCAGGCAGGAUAUCACCUUCCUUGAAAGCAUUGGUCGCGCGACGGACCAUGGCUCGUCUCUCAUUCUCAUCACGACCGUCGCUCGCCAUCAUCGACGACUACCUCAACACGUCGGCACCCCAUUUCAAACAUAUCCCGUCCGAGAAGCUACAAAUCACCACUUUCAAUGAUACCCUCGUUCCGGCCGACGAUGCCCAGGUUGCCCGGCUAGUAGAGCGACUGAAGCCCUUCGACCUCAUCUCCACCGUGCGCGAACGCACUGCAUUCCCGGGCUCUCUACUGCGGCAGCUGCCCAACCUGAAGCUUUUACUAGCUACAGGUACCCAGUUCGAGAUGUUUGACCUCGCAGCCGCAAGGGAACUGGGAAUCACCGUCGUCGCCGCUCCUGGCCUGGGCCGAACUGACCAGCUCAUUUCCAACCCACCGCGCCCAAACAUUAAGAAAGGCGGUGCGCAUCCCACGACACAGCACACGUGGGCUCUGAUUCUGGCUCUCGCCCGUAAUAUUGCUAUCGACGAUGUCGCAAUCAAGACCGGAGGCUGGCAGAGCGGGCUUGCGAUGGGCCUGACUGGCCUCACUCUGGGUAUCGUGGGACUGGGUCGGUUGGGUGCUGCUGUCGCGCGUAUCGGACACCUUGCUUGGGCUAUGCGCGUGGUAUGCUGGAGUGAGAACCUCACGCAGCAGAAAGCCGAUCAGAUGGCGGAGGCGGUCGGUCUGGCCCCGAAUGAGGGCAUCCAAGGCGACAAGACCUUCCGCGUGGUGAGCAAGGAGGAGCUAUUCAGCCAGGCCGACGUCGUGAGUAUCCACUACGUGCUCAGCAGCCGCUCACAGGGUAUCGUGGGCGCAAAGGAACUGGGGCUCAUGAAGCGUGACGCCCUGCUUGUGAAUGCGUCUCGGGGUCCGCUAAUUGACCAAGUUGAGCUUAUUGAUGCGCUGGAGCAUCGUCGGAUCCGCGGUGCUGCGUUGGACGUUUUCGACAUUGAACCUUUGCCACAAGGCAGCUUAUGGAGACGAGAUCACUACUGGGGUCAAGACGGGCGCGCUUGUCUUCUUACUACGCCGCACAUGGGAUACGUUGACGAGGGCUUGAUGAAUACAUGGUAUGCGGAAACGGCCGAAAACGUGGAACGCGUGCUUGAGGGCAAAGAGGUCCUGCAUCGCUUGGCUUGAGCCGUGAUCAACGAUCUAUUUGUAUUCGUCUACUCUGCUUGUUUUAUCUUCCAUGGCAUAUCAUAUAUACUAGCGUUGUUCUUCCAGCGGCUGUCUACCUGUUCUAUCAUUCCAUGGUCGUCUACUCGUUCUAUAUUUGCAUGGCAUUUCUCAUACUCAUCUUGUUUUUCCCAGCGGUCGUACAUCGUCGCAGCUCAACAAUUAGCCACUGCUUCCACCUCCUUCUUGGCUUUCUCCUUUGCAAGCCUGACUCUUCGCUCUUCUCUCCACCGAGGCCCAUAUCUGGUAACGACAUAUAGCAUCGGGCUCAGAGAGAUGCUCACCUAUCCAACGAGUGUAUACGCCCACCCUGCCCCCAUGGCACGGAUCAUGGGCUCAAUGACUGCUGAGCCUCCGGCAGCCAUCAGGCAUCGAGUCAGGUUGUUCGCCGCGGAAGCGGUUGACGGCGAGUUGGGGUAGAGGUCAACCAGCAGAAGAUUCAUGCUGUUGUAGCAAGCGGUGAGGAAGAGCGCCAUGAUGAAGGUGAGAAUCAACAGCACGGCAAGAUGUGUUUUCGUCUCGGCUGCCCACCCGAAGCCGAUGGUCGCGAAAGCACCCACGUAGAUGAGUGGCCACACAAUAUCGAUCCGAGCCCUCUCGAUUGGAAACUUGGCCAGGUCGUCUCCGUGCUUCUUGUCAGCCAUAAAGCCGUUCGCGCGUGCAACCCGCGCACAGUUCCAAUCUUGGGCGUAUCCAUUCCCCAAGAUCGAGAGUGCUGCCCCGAUUCCGAAAGGCCUAGGGCAGUAAGCGCCAUGUCAUCGAAGGAGUCGGCUCAACGACUUACACGUAGCACAGUCCGAUCUGCACGGUCUUGAGGUGGUAGAUCUUCCCCAGUAGGUUGGCCAAAUCGGCCGUGACGGUGUACCAAGACGCAUAGAUGAUGCUGUUAUAUAACAGAAUCACCGCACAGUCCUUCUCUUUAAUAAUCAGCAGCACCUUCAGCGGAUUAGAAACCCCGGAGAAAACCCGGAGUGGAGAAACAAGGCACGGGGCGGCGGUGUUGGAAUUAACUUUAAAAGUCGUGUUGGUGACUGGAUGGGGAUGCCGGAGCGGCGCAGCGUUAGGGGGUGGAAGUAGAGCGUUGUUGGCGAUGAUACUUUGAGUGUGCGGAGGGUCGAGGUUUAGCUUCGUGGAUCAGCAGGAAAUCCAGGUUUCCUGCAUAACUUCAAAACUCAGCUUGUAGUGGAGUACUCGGAGACGUGGA